AUGAGCAGGCUCUCUGAUCAGCAGUUGCGAGCACAGUGGCUCAGCAAGGCGAGCCCUGACCAGCGACAACAGUGGUUUAACAAGGCGCCACCAGACCAGCAACAAUGGUUCCGCCAAAUACAGCGUGCUAGACAGCAACAAGGACAGCAGCAGCAAGUACAGCGCGAGAGCAGUCAACACCGAGAGAAUGCGGCCCGGAGCCCUUCUAUCAACAACCUGAACGGACCGCGCAUGCUACCCACGGACGACGUCGCUCGCUACCAGAAAUCACCACCCAGACAGAGCCCUUCGCAUGUACAAAUGAAGCUGCCACCCUCAUCGACACGGCCAGGUUCAUCGCCAUCCGCGCACGCGGCAGCAUAUCCCACCAUGAACCAAAAGCGUCAAGCCACAGACGCUCCGGAAAGCGACAUGCAUGCAGGCAAGAGACAAAACACGAUGCAAAAUGCGAUGUCACCUCCUGCCGCGCCGUUCGCUCCCAUCGGUCAGACCAACGAUCCUCUCAACCCAGGGCCAUACAGUCGUAUGAGACCGGUUGCAUCAGCCAAUGGGAUUGCGGCAUCUGUCAACCGGAUGACCCCCGACGACAUCGCCCGAGACCGUCGCCUCCAGCAGGCCAAGCUCGCAGAGCAGCGCGUUCGGGCGCAACAGGCUCACGACGCCGAGAAAGCCCGCGAGCGAGAGAUCUAUAUUGCCGCCACCGCCGCAGCUCUCAAGCGUGAGCAAGACGACGCGCGAAGGGAGUUUCUGCGCAAGGACCCCAGUGCCAACUACCGUCACAUCCUUGAGGUAUACGCAUUGUCACCGCUAGACCCCAAGAAAGACGAGUACCCGAACCGGUACCUGACUGGCUUACUCGCGAACCGCGUCAUGCCCAUGGACCUCGAAUGCGACCUUGCGCUUGCGAUUGUGUAUGCGAAGGAUCACUGGGACUACUUUGGACAGUGGCCCAAGGACAUCGAGCGCUUUGCUGGCUAUGAAAGGGAGAGGAAGGAGAAAGCGGCAAAGGAUCGGGCUUAG